AUGAGUGAAACGUAUAUAUCUAUCUCUGUAUAUUCAUAUCUAUCUAUCUAUCUAUCUAUCUAUCUAUCUAUCUAUGUCUGUUCAUUAUCUAUCUAUCAGAUUAUGUUAAUAUAUAUCUAUCUCAUUCUCUUCAUAUCUAUCUAUCUAUCUAUCUAUCUAUCUAUCUAUCUAUCUAUCUAUCUCUGUUCUGUUCUCUAUCUCAGUCUGUUCAUGUCUCGUUCUCUCUCUCUAUCAGUGUAUUCAUAUCUAUCUAUCUAUCUAUCUAUCUAUCUAUCUAUCUAUCUCUGUUCUCUCUAUAUAUUUCUAAGUCGACUCAUGGCUCUCGCUAUCUAUGUCAGUUUGUUCAUAUUUCGCUCUCUCUCUCUCUGUCUACCAGUGUAUUCAUAUCUAUCUAUCUAUCUAUCUAUCUAUCUAUCUAUCUGUCAUAUCUAUCUCAUUCUGUUCAGUAUAUCUAUCUAUCUAUCUCAGUCUGUCCUCAUCUUUGGCUCCAUCUAUCUCUCUCAAUAUCUCUCACAGUGUCUUCAUUAUCUUUGUAUCUAUCUAUAUCAGUCUAUUCUUAUCUAUCUAUCUCUUUGUCUGUCUAUCUCAGUCUGUUCUUUCUUUCUCUCUCUCUCUAUCUCACUCUGUUCAUGGCUCUCUGUCUCUCUCGCUCUGUAUCACAGUGUCUUCAUUAUCCAUCUAUCUAUAAUAAAAAACAAACACAAAGUCAAAAUAAAUAAAUGA